GGAUCCCAGUGGCUUUGUCUCCGCCUCCACGCUACUCAAAUACCAGCGCAGAAGCAAAGCUUGCUGUGCUCUCAUCACAGCAUUAUUGCUCUGCACUCUGGUGUCCAGUUGUUGUUGGGACGCAAUGGCAGAUGAAAGCUUUCAGCGGGACUUCCUGGAGGCGCACAACGCCUACAGGGCCAAGCACGGCUCCCCACCCAUGGCCCUCAGCCAGGAGGUGAGCGCGGCGGCCCAGUUGUGGGCAGAUCGCCUGCUAGCUUCAGGCGCCAUGCGGCACAGCAACACCGCUGACGGAGAAAAUAUUUACACCAAGUGGAGCUCGGCCACCAUUGAACUGACAGGAAAAGAAGCUGUAGAUUCCUGGUACAGUGAAAUCAACAACUACAACUGGAGCAGACCAGGGUUUAGUAGCGGCACGGGUCAUUUUACUCAGGUUGUGUGGAAAGAAAGCGUCCACCUGGGAGUCGGCAUGGCAACUGAUGGCCACCAGGUCUUUGUGGUUGGCCAAUACCGACCAGCUGGCAACAUGAACAGGCAGCAACACUUCAUGGCAAAUGUCCUCCCGCCAGCUGAGGGAGGAGCGAGUGGAGAUGACACUCCCUGCAAAGUGAGUGGAGAUGACACUCCCUGCAAGGUGUGUGGAGAUGACACUCCCUGCAAAGUGAGUGGAGAUGACACUCCCUGCAAGGUGUGUGGAGAUGACACUCCCUGCAACGUGGCAGCAGGACAGCCAGCACAGACCUGCACACUGCAGUAGAAGACCUGGAACAACUUUGUGUACGCCUGUGACAAGUGUGUCAAAGAAAAAUAACUAUUAUUGACAUUACACUAUUUCCACAUAAGGCUAGCAGACAAAAAAGUUAAAAACAAUUUUUUAAAAAAAACUCAGCUGCAUGCCAAUAGUCCUUAUAUUACAUAAAUAUUAUAAAUGAGCAUUAAUCCACUAAACUGUACUUCAAACAUGCUAUAUUGCGCCUUUAAACAAAUAUGAUUAUUCAAAGAACCUUUCUUUGAUAACUAAAAUACAAUUGUCAGUUUUUAAACAUGUCAAAAUGAUGACUAUCAUCACGCAGUUACACCAAGUGCUCGCUUGGGGGCAGUGUUUCCACCUGAGGAAAUCCCGGCUGGGACCGGAAACACAUUCCUUUUGCACCGGCUUCUUCACUCAAAAAAUACAAAAAAACAUUAAAACAUGUAAACAAUAUCAUAUAUCUUUUAAUGGUUGGAUGAUUAUUCAAAGAAACCUUCUUUAAUUACUAAAAAUAAAAUUGUCAGUUGUUAAACAUGUCAAAUGAAUGACUAUCGUGCAGUUACACCAAGUGGUCGCUUGGGGGCAGUGUUUCCACGUGAGCAACCCCCUGAUGAAAUCCCGGCUAGGACCGGAAACAUUCUUUUUUUUUUUUUUUUUUUUUGGGGUGUUUUUUUAUUUCAUUGAACAACAAACAUACAUUUAUAAUUGACACAAAAGUCAAGGCACUUUCAACAUCAAGGAAAGAAAAAAAAAGAAAAAACAGAGUAAUAGUACUAAAAAAUAUGAGAAAAAAAAAAAGACAAAAAGGGCUACGUAAAUCACUGUAAAUGUUUCGGAAACAUUAAUUUUGCGCCGGCUUCUUCACUCAAAAAAUACAAAUGGCGCCGCAUGUUGAAAACCACUAAAACAUGUAAGCAAUAUCGCAGUCUUUUAAUGGUCAGAUGAAGCCUCGUCAACGGAUUGGUUCGAUAAUUUCUUGAAACUUCAUGCGUAACUCAUAACUCUAAAUAUUUACCCGUUUUAAAUGUUUGAGCCCACAUUAGAUUAAGGAGCCUUAGUUGGACGUUUGCAUGUGGACUGGGUUAACUGGGGACGGCGUGGUGCGGUUGGGAGAGUGGCCGUGCUAGCAACCUCAGGGUUCCUGGUUCGAUCCUCACCUUCUACCAACCAAGUCACGUCCGUUGUGUCCUUGAGCAAGACACUUCACCCUUGCUCCUGAUGGGUUGUGGUUAGGGCCUUGCAUGGCAGCUCCCGCCAUCAGUGUGUGAAUGUGUGUGUGAAUGUGGAAAUAGUUUUAAAGGUUGAAGGUAGAAAAGCGCCAUACAAGUAUAACUCAUUGACCAUAACUGUCUCACGAGAAGACGCAAUAAAUUCAGAAUGCAAAAGUGAUAGCUCUAUCCUGGAGGAGAGACUCCUUGUCUAUCUUCAUGUCAACUUUUAAGUUACAACGUACAGAGGUUGUUUUCCGGUCACUUGCACAUGAACAUCUCCUUACAUGGUCAGGUGGUACUCUCCUGAAUGAACACACACCCAGACAAAGUAAGAAGGAAUAUAAGACUGUGGUUCGGCUCCUCCAGGUUAGGAGUGCCUAAUUUUUUCGACUUGACCUACUCCAGGUACUGCAGUCCUGUCUAAUGACGCUCGCUUGUAAUAAAGCAACUUUUGGUUGAGUAAAGCGUCUCCGACAUCACUUUUGAUCCAGCCGCACUGCCGUGUCGCCCUUCUGUCCGGACGAGGAUGACAAGAUGUCGCGACAAUUGCCGUGGUU